AUGAUACACCAAACUCGCCUUCGAAUCAUCGUCCGACAGUUUUCACUCAAAACCAAUGGCUCCAAUUUCCAUCUACCAAAAGACUACAAACCCAAUAAAGUCAUCAAAACACUACCGCUAAGUCGAUGUGCCGAGAUAUGGUGGAAAUCGUUAUCUAAAAAUAGGACGAGUGAGUUGCAAAAAGAGUUGGUUGACUUGAUGAUCCCAAACACUGAUGAGAAUGCCGGCAUAAUUAAAGACCACAAACUAGUGGUGAUAGACCAAGAAGAGAAACAUCAUAUAAAUGAAGUUGGUUUCAGAAUCGAAAACGACGCUGAUUUGCCUACAAAGCACCUAGUGUUUAUUCACGGAUAUGGCGCUUCCUUGGGUUGUUUUGCUCGGAAUUUUCAAAUUAUAAACAAGUUCAAGUCAAGUACGCAGUAUAAUUACCAUGUGCAUUUUCUCGACAAUAUCACUUUUGGAUUGUCUUCGAACCCAAAGAUUGCAAACGAUACGAUAUCAUGGAAAAUUCCAUCCACUGCAAGUAUUAAGAUGAUUGAUCACGAAGACCCUCAGAACCCCAAAAAAUUGUAUAAAAAGUAUUACAAAUUGAUUGAUGGGUACCAACUUGACCCCGCCAAUUUUCAAAAGUAUCAAAAACUAUUUAAACCAAUUUUGGAAGAUAUGGAGGAUUUCUAUUCUGGAGCAAUAGAUAAAUGGAGACAAGCCAGUGGAAUUGAGCAAAUUGAUUUUUUGAUUGGACAUUCAUAUGGUGCAUACUGGAGCGGUUCAUAUGCUUUAAGAAAUCCCGAUAAUGUACGAAAUUUGAUUUUGCUAUCACCAGUAGGUGUGGAACGUCACGUUAUGGCAAUUACGAAUGAUACAGUAACCAGUGAAGUGGAAACGCCCACUUUGGAUCCUACCUCUUACAAGUUUCUUAGUCGAUUCCCCGUGUUAUCCAAAGACCAUAUUUUGAAGUGGUACUACAAGAUUCCCUUUUUACCACGCAUUCUUCCAUUUUUGGGUCCUUGGGGUGUUAAAUUGUAUUUUGGGAUCUGGCUUUCGAAACUCUCAAAGAUCAACAAACUUGUUGCAAAGCACGGUGGAGCAGAGGCGAUAUACAAGAAUAGUAACGAUUUGGUAUAUGGGACUAAGCGUGAAAUUGAGUUGAUAGUGGAAUACUUGUACAAUUCCACUACGCAUGGAAGCCAUAGUGAUAUUUAUGUCAAGUACUUGUUGACACCGGCAACGGUGAGUAAGUGGCCCUUGUAUGACAAGUUUAUUACAAAAUUAGAGAACAAACCACUGGAUCUUCGCUUCAAUUUAUUCGUGUUUUAUGGAGAGUAUGAUUUCAUGAAUUCUGAAGCUGGUGAGAAACUAUUAAAAAAAUUGAAUCAAGAAGGUAAUACAGAAAAAGUGGUUUUCAAAUAUGGCGAGAUUGCUGAAGGUGGUCACAAUUUGUACAUUGAUAAUCCAUUUGACACCAAUGAGAAGAUUUACGAAAUUGCCAAAAAUGAAGAACAUUUGGAGGAGAAGUCGUAG